AUGUCGGACGCUCAGGAGUUCGUCAAAAAAUGCAAAAAAUGCCAAGAAAACACCAACUUCCAUAAAGCCCAACCCGAAGAACUCAGUUUGAUGAUGGCUCCACGACCUUUCGCCCAAUGGGAAGUCGACCUCUUAGGGCCAUUCCCACCCGGGCCAGGACAAGUGAAAUACUUAAUAGUAGCCAUAGACUACUAUACCAAAUGGGUGGAAGCUGAACCACUAGCCAGCAUAUCUUCAGCAAAUUGUCAAAAGUUCAUGUGGAGGCAAGUAGUUACCAGAUUCGGAAUCCCAGAAUCCAUCAUAUCGGAUAAUGGGACACAGUUCACCGACAAGAAGUUCAAAGAAUUCCUCUCAGGGCUAGGAAUCAAGCAAAAGUUCUCCUCACUCGAGUAUCCCCAAAGCAACGGCCAGGUAGAAGCAGCCAACAAAGUUAUCUUAAAAGGGCUAAAGAAACGACUUGAAGGGAAGAAGGGCUCAUGGACAGAUGAGCUAGCCUCAGUCUUAUGGUCUUACAGAACCUCCCCCUCAAUCAUCUACUGGCGAAACCCCCUUCCGACUCACAUACGGGGUCGACGCAAUCAUCCCAGUCGAAAUAGGGGAGCCGAGUCCAAGGUUACUCCUUGGAGGAUGAGACGAGGCAAUCGAGAAGGACCUGGUUGA